AUGCAGAAGCCACAGUGCCGGGCCCCCAAUCUCACGCUCAUCCUCCUGUGCACCGUGCUGCUGGCCGCGGGCCGGGCUGCUGUGGGGAGCCAAGCACGCUAUGAACUUGAGAGGGAGCCGGCGUAUUGGGAUGCUCAGGCGAGAGCGACACUGGAUGCUGCGCUGAAGCUCCACCCUCGGAACCACCAGGCCAAGAACAUCAUCCUGUUCCUGGGCGACGGGAUGGGGGUGUCCACUGUCACGGCAGCGCGGAUCCUGCGAGGUCAGAUGGAGGGCGGAUCGGGGGAGGAGACGAUGCUGGCCAUGGACAAAUUCCCAUAUGUGGCCUUGUCUAAGACCUACAGUGUAGAUAAGCAGGUCGCCGACAGCGCGAGCACGGCCACAGCCUACCACUGCGGCGUGAAGGCCAACGCCAAGACUGUGGGACUCAGCGCUAACGCGGUGGCCUACGAGUGCAACACCACCUUCGGCAAUGAGGUCUACUCGGUAUUACGACGGGCAAAGGCACAGGGUAAAUCUGUCGGUAUAGUGACCACCACCCGUGUCCAGCACGCCUCGCCGGCGGCUGCCUACGCUCACUCUGUCAGCCGCAGCUGGUACAGUGACUCCGACCUCCCUUACAGCGCUCGCCGACAGGGCUGCGUCGACAUCGCCACGCAAAUGGUCACCAACGUUGACAUUGAUGUGAUUCUGGGCGGAGGGAGGAUGUACAUGACACCAAAGGGAACCCCGGACCCGGAGUAUCCUACCUCCAACUCUCGAAAGGGCGACCGCAAAGACAAGAGGAACCUCAUCGACGUGUGGCUGAAGGCUAAGCCAAACAAGAGGUCGCACUACGUUUGGCACAGGAAGGAGUUUGACGAGAUUAACGCUAAAACUACUGAUCGGCUCAUGGGUCUGUUCGAGCCGAAGGACAUGAGAUUUGAGGUUUUCCGGAACAGCACACGAGACCCCUCCAUUGUGGAGAUGACGGAGAAGGCCAUAGAAAUCCUCAGCAAGAAUCCCAAAGGGUACUUCCUGUUUGUGGAAGGAGGGAGAAUUGAUCACGGUCAUCAUGACGGCAUUGCAAAGCUGGCCCUGACAGAGGCAGUGAUGUUCGACCAAGCCAUCCAUCGCGCCUCACAGCUGACCAGAGAAUCGGAUACACUGACUGUGGUUACCGCCGACCACUCCCACGUCUUCACCUUCGGUGGAAACACUCCUCGAGGAAAUCCCAUCUUUGGUCUGGCACCAAAGAGAGCAGAUGACAAAAUGCCUUUCACCAGCAUCUUGUACGCCAACGGCCCCGGUUAUGUCCAUGUAAAUGGGACCAGAGGAAACAUCACAAUGGUGGAUUACUACGAUGAAGAGUACAUGCAGCAGGCCGCCGUCCCGCUGGACUCGGAGACGCACGGCGGAGAGGAUGUAACCAUCUACGCCAAAGGCCCAAUGGCUCACCUGUUCCACGGGGUGAAGGAGCAAAACUACGUGGCCCACGUCAUGGCCUAUGCCGCCUGUUUGGAGCCCUACACGAACUGUCCUCCUCACCCUCACAACCACACCUCCGCCGGGCGUGUGAACGCACCCUCGAGCUUCCUGUUUGCCUUACUGGGUCUCAUCUGGUUUUUCAGAUGA